AUUUGUUCUGCCAAUUUUAAGUUGUAAAUGGAUAGUAGCGUUGACAGUGGCGCGCGCGCUCAGCCCCACAGUCAACAACAAAAGUGAAACUGUAAAAGCCACAGACAACGUGUAGGCGUGAGCGAUAAGUGACAAGGUUCAUCUUAAACAAAUGCAUGUGACAGUUUAGUUGACUUGUGAAUAUUGUAAAUACGUGAAAUUCUGAAACAAGAAAACUCAACCGAGACAAUUGAGCUGCUGCUGUUAUCUUUUACAUCGGUUUGCUGUGGUGGUGUGGUCACGAUUGAAUGUCUACAAAUUGAGAUGCUAUCUCGUAAUUCAGAAGUCAUAGGCAUCAUCAUCAUUUCACGAAAUAUCCCAUGCAUUUAAAAUGGCCCACAUAACAUGAACAUAUUUUAAAACCAAGUCGGCCAAGCUGUCCGGCAAUAGUUAUAGGCUAUGUUUCUUUAAGACGCUUUGACGGAAAGCGGAAGACGGCUUUGUCGUCGUUCCCAUGAUUCAACGCAAAAACUACAAGAUUGGGUCAACACACAGCACAACAUUGAACUGUCAAAGUCUUUUAAUUAUCAAGGCGUGUAAAUAUAUCGAACAUAUCCAACUGCCUUUGCAAUGCCCGCGCCAGUUCAAAUCAAUAUUAUAUCUUGCAUGGUAUUUGACGCUUGAACAUUCUGUGAUAAAAUGAAUCCAAAGAAGAGACUGUCCAUGCCUAAGGGCCAGCCAGGAGCAUGCCACUGAUCCUCUUCGCUUUUGUGGCGCGGGUCGGAGAUGGGCUCCCACUCUCGGCCUCCACGGACUUCCAGCACAACCGGGAGUUGCAGGAGCGCAAGCAGCAGCUGAAGGUCAUCUCCAAGUCACUGGCACUCUUCCCAGAGCGAGGGACGGUCAAGGGUCAUGACCUCCACAUCUACUUCCUGUCCACCGAGGGCGUGUCCUACAUGGCGGUGUGCUCCUGCCGGCUCCCUGCCGCCAUGGCCUUCUGCUUCCUCGAGGAUGUCCGCUGGGAGUUCUCAGCCCGCUUCGACGGCUCGGCGGUCGCCCUGGCAAGCAGGCCCUAUCCCUUCCUGGAGUUCGACACCAUCAUUCAGAAGCUGAAGCAGCACUACAACCAGAGCGGCGGGCCCUCGUUAGGGGUGACCCUCGCGGAGGUGCAGGAUGAACUGAGGGUCAGCCCUCCUCAAAUCGUCAACCUGGAGGAAGUACAGCUCAGCAACGGAGCCGCCAAUGGCCAUGCUGAACAAGUGCCUGGAACUGGGCCUAACCAGAGACUGGAGCCAGUGUCGGCCCCAGGGAUCCUUUCUCUAGUGCUCAACAUCAUGUGUGCCGCCCUCAACCUUAUCAGGGGUGUCCACCUUAUUGAGUACACUUUCCAGGAUGACUAUGAUGGCAUAUGGAAUGUAGUAGCCUUUCUUUUGGCUUUUCUUUGCUGUGUUUGUCAGUGUCAGCUUUACCUAUUCCACUCCUCUCUGAAGAGGCCUAAGGCCUUCACCCUCCUGACCCUCAUCAUCGCGUGCAACGGCUUCUUGUUCGGGCCGAGGAACGUUUGGCAACUGACCUUCCAUGUGUCUGUGGCCUGCCUCUCCACUGCCCUCACCCUCUCCAGGAAGCUGCAGGACAGGAUGAGUGACUGCGGCGUUUGAGAGCCGUAAUGGCCGCCAGCUCACCCAGAGUGCAGGUGGGGGGAAGCACCCGUAUCAGACAUUGGAUUUAUUGCAAUAUGAAGGAAUAGAGGUGUUUUGCUUUUUGGUUGGAUGAGUAGGUUUUGGUUGUGUGUUGAUAGUGCACUGGCAUCAACGGUGUUGUCAUCAACUGGCGUGUGUGUGUGUGUGCGUGUAUGUGUGUUUGUGUGUGUGAUGUUUGACCUGAGAUGGCACACAUGUUGCCAAACUGUCUUGGUUUGGACUUCAAAAGUUGCCGUUGCCAGUACCAAGUCAACUUAGGGCUAGGUGAUAAAGGGAUUUUGAAUUAUAUGAAUCUUGACAAGUCCAGGCAUUGGUGAGCGGUGCCGUUGAUGAAGGUUGAACAGUAUUCCACCCAAAUAAUUUCAGUUUUACUGAAACACCAGUAACUUCACCUGGCAAGGAGCCUGCUUUUAAUUGGUUUUCAGGGUUAUGAAGGAACGUAGAUUGGUAGUAUAAGAUUUGCACUAGGAUUGUGUUUUUUUGUUAAUUUAUUCCAUUUCAACUCAUCCAAUGCAUUUUUUUUGUCAUUAAAAACUGUAUUUGUCUUAUAAUGAUGUGUAAGUAGCUGCAUACUUAUGUAAUUAGUAAUUUUGUAAUUUUGAUAAUCUUUCAUGUAUGACUGUUUGUAGAUGAAUUUGCAAGAGGUCUUAAUACUCCUUUAAUGGUAUAACUCAGUACGCCUAAGCUGGUGUGUUUGUGGCUGACAUACUGUAAGCUCGACUAGUUUAGCUUUUUGCACUUAGACAUUGUUUACAAAAUAGAUAUCAGUCUCUGAUAGCGAGGUUUAGAAUUUAUUGUUGUGAUUGACAUUUGAUUUGAUAGCCCUGGCCUAUUAAUACAUCCCAUACUUUACCAUUUUCCAGUGGUCAGUGCACAACCUGUGUGAUGACCCAUAAUGCAGUUCUCUGAGGGAAGUCAGAGAAGCUGGGUUACAUUAUGUAUGGUACAUUUUACUAUUGCAGUAAGUUGUAUGACCCUGUGUUGUGGCAAUGGUAUUAAGUGGAAACAUGGUUAGUAAUAUGCAAUGUCUGUGCAGUUAGCAAUGUGUAUGGCUUGGCAACAAUAUUGAGCAGUGAACCGUUUUAAUGUCAUCUCUUCUCUUUGCUACAAAGAUAGAUUUUGUUUGUUGAAGAUCAAUGCAGCUCAGAACAUUGAUAUCAUUGUGAUGUUGAAGGACAAAUAGAAAUGAGAUAAGAAGAAGAUAAAAGGUUAAUCAGGUAUAACUGCUAGAAUGUACUUUCUGAGAGUGUUGGCAUUUCAGUUAAUCUGUAAAAUGAUAGCCGGCCACUCACUUACGCUUGCCAGAGAAAGUGAGAGUGACAUCAUAUUAGUUGUGGGCAAGGUUUGAAUGGCCAGACUUACUUUUCCACAAGUUGAAUAAUUAAUUAAAUGUACACAGAAAAAAAAUGCUGUGCUCAAAGAUCAUACUUGUGGACACAUUUAGGCUUAAUCAGAGGAUCAUUCAAAGAUUCUUUAAGAGCUGUGGUUGACAGCUCAACUGGCAUUGUAAUGUUCAAUUAACAUUAUACAUUUUCUUCUGUACAUGAUGUGAAGUCUGUGGUUCUGGUUCAUCAACUUUUCAACAUUUUAUUACCAUUGCAAAAGGAAACAAUGAGAAAGACUAAAAGAAGGUUUAAACUUUCCAAUGAUGCACAUAUUUGCUUACUCUUCAAAGCAUGGCAAAUUGAGUUCUACUGUUUGUUUUUACACUGUUAUCAUGUAAUGGCAUAUCACACCAAUGUUAAAUCAUUAUACUGAGGGGCUAUUAAUAUUACUACAAUAAUCUGCACCGUCAUUUCAGAACAGUUCCCGAUGGUAUUCUUGCCCUGAGCAUGGUUGUACACAAGAGAUAGUAGCAGUGCUCGCCAUUAAGCUCUAGGUAUAGAGAUGAAAGAUACUGGGUUAUGUGACUGUGUGCUUUUUUCAUUAUGGCUGCUGAGUAGUAUAAGGCUGCAUAUUUGUUAAACGUUCAUUAAUAAUUUAGCAAAAGACCUCAAGCCAAGCUUAGCCUAGCAAUUUCAUGAUGUGUUUCUGAUCAAUGAAGGAAAUGGUUGUGAAUGGUUGUGAAGUAAGGACAGUUUUUCAGCAUAGAUGGCACUGUAAAUUAUGAUGUCUUAAAGCUACACUCUUCAAAUUAUUGCAUUUUCCAAUAUCCAUUCUCAGUAAAUCUAAUGCUAAAUUAUACUUGUUAUACAUUAUGUUCUUGCACUGCUCUUUUAAACCUUUUUAAAGUAAAAGGACAUGCAAUGAUGAAUUUUAGUGAUGCCAAAAACAGCAAAAAUGUUACUUUAAUUUUUUUCCAAGUUGUUUUUACAUUGGUCUUUGAUCUUGUUUACGUAUUAUUUUUAACAACAGGGUCUUAAAGUGGGACAGAUUGACCAAAUGAAUGAUUGAACAUUAUGGAUACCUGAAUUGAAAAUGAAGAAACAUGAAUAGGCAUUUUUGAAAAUACUGUAAAAGCAUCAGACUACAAAAGCUUGAACUGACAGUUGUGUUAGUAAGUAUUUAUACAAUUUUGUAAAAGAAAAAGUCAGUAAACCAAUGCAUACAUUUUACGGUAUUGUACUGUGUAUGGAUAUACUGUAAUACUGUCUUUGGAAUGCAAGAGUUUUUUUAAUUCCCCAACCUUGACAUCUCUUCGAUUGACAAAUCACCAAAUGGCAUCUUCUAGCAUCUCACUCUCAGUAUACCUGAGGUGCAUAAUGCAAGUUCAUCUAUUUGAAUUAGGGGUUUUACAUGUUUUACUGUGCAAUCCCUAAACCAGAAUGACAGUAGAGUUGGUCAGCGUUGGUUAUAACUGGUUAUGAGAAGCAGGCUCAUCCUCUGUUUAGAAGCAUGAACAGUCUUAAUGGUGUUUCUUUUGACUCUGCAGGAAGCUGAAUAUCAAAUGUUGAAACUUUACCCAAAUGUUAUGUCUUGCGCUUUGUUUGGGGGGUGAGACUCUUACUCUGUUCAAAAACUUCCCAAAACACAGGCUGCUAUUCACUGGAGCGUGUAGUAAUUCAUGUGUUGUUGAAACUGACGUCAUUAAAUGCAGCGCUUUUUGUACAUUU